AUGGCGGGCGGUGAUCAUGGUGGCGAGUCAAAUGGUACACCCGAACCGGUCAUCAAAGGCUUCGCUACGCUCAAUCAAUUGCAGAUCGGUGUAAAGGCAUUUGUUGAAAAGAACGGCGAACCCAGAAAAGCAGAAAUAUUAUCCAUAAAGCAGCGAAACGGCUCUUUGAAGUUCUACGUGCACUAUGUUGAAUUCAACAAGCGUCUCGAUGAAUGGAUCUCGGCCGAGCGAAUCGAUCUCUCUCAAGAAGUCGAAUGGCCCGCUCCCGAAAAGCCCGAGAAGAAGAAAACCACAGUGACGACCAAGACGUCGUCGACGAAGAACACACAAGCGAAAUCCAUCACCACCACCAACAAGGCAGGACGUCCUCGAACAGACUCACGACCUGGGUCCGCAACGCCUGACUUGCUCACGUCCAAAGCCGGCAAUGACCGUAAACGGCCUAUUCCUUCCAAGGCGGGCGGGAAGGAGAACCGUGACGACUCUUCUCUGCUUGCAGAUGACCCGGCGCUCGCUCAAGCCGGCACUCCACUGCCCAGUCUCAGUCAGGAGGACAGCACGGAGCUACUCCCCACCGGGGUUACGGAUGUCGAGAUGACGGACGUGACCAAGACGGAGGAGAAGGUCCCCACGAUCCUGGAGCCCGAGGAGGAGAUUGAGAAGCUCCGCACGGGAGGUUCGAUGGUGCAGAACCACGCGCAGAUCCAUCUCGUGCGGAACCUCGAAAAGAUCCAGAUGGGCAAACACGUCAUCGAGCCGUGGUACUUCAGCCCGUACCCGCAAGAGUUCGCCGACGUCGACAUGGUGUACAUUGACGAGUUCUGUCUGUCGUACUUUUCGUCGCGAAAGGCGUUUGAGCGGCACCGGUCCAAGUGCGAGCUCCGCCACCCGCCGGGCAACGAGAUCUACCGGGACGACUUUGUGUCCUUUUUCGAGGUCGACGGGCGGCGGCAGCGGACCUGGUGUCGCAACAUGUGCCUGCUGUCGAAGCUGUUUCUGGACCACAAGACGCUCUACUACGACGUCGACCCCUUCUUGUUCUACUGCAUGGUCACGCGGGACGAGCACGGGUGCCACCUCGUCGGGUACUUCUCCAAGGAAAAGGAGUCGGCCGAGGGGUACAACCUGGCGUGCAUCCUGACUCUGCCGCAGUACCAGCGCCAGGGCCUGGGUAGGCUGCUGAUCGCCUUCAGCUACGAGCUCAGCAAGCGCGAGGGCAAGCUCGGCUCCCCCGAGAAGCCUUUGAGUGAUCUGGGCCUGUUGGGCUACAGGCAAUAUUGGAAGGAGGUGCUGGUCGAGCUGCUGAGCGACCCCGCGAGACUGCCGCCCCCGGGCAGUGCGAGCCACACGCCCAGCAGCGAACACUUGCAUCCGCACAGCAGCCUGGCCUUCGGUGCGCCGAGCAGCCAGUUCAGCACGAGCAUCGCCGAGAUUGCGAGCUUGACGAGCAUGACGGAGAAGGACGUCCAUGAGCAGCUCGAGGUGCUCAAGCUGCUGAGGUACCACAAGGGCGCCUGGAUCAUUGUCGUCCGCGAUGAGUUGCUCGAAUGGCAGGAGAAGAGGCGGGAGAAGGAAAAGGUAAAAGGCACGAAGAGGAUCGACGCAAGCAGGUUGAACUGGAAGCCGCCGGUCUUCACCGCUAGUAGUCGUACGUGGAACUGGUAG